AUAUUGUGCGUGUAUAUAUAUAACUUCAAAUAUUACUAAACUUUGAUGCUAAUUAAUUAUGGAACCUUCAAAAAUCAAUAAUACUCAUUCAAAAGAUGAGAAUAUUAAUGAAGAGGACAAGGUCGCCAAUAAAGUUAAUACUGUGACCUUAAAUGAUUUUUCUGAUGGCGAUUCAGGUGUUUAUGAAGAUAUAAUACUUAAUCAAACACAUGGUUUGUGCCCUGAAUGUAAUCAACCAAAUACAAGUCUUAAUUGGUGCAAAGAAUGUAAUUCCAAAAGAUUUCAACAAAAUUUUGGUAAUUGGACUAGUGGAAAUGAAUGUAUUGAUAAAUUAAUUCAAGAAUCACAAUUAAAUGCAAGAAAUAAUUUUGAGUUACUUGAAUGGAUUCCUUAUAAUAGAUUAAGACAUAUUCAAUUUCUUGCACAAGGUGGAUUUAGCACUGUAUACAAAGGACUUUGGUUAGAUGGUCUUAUUGAACAAUGGGAUUAUGAAAAACAAGAUUGGAAACGUACAAUGUAUAAAGAUGAAAAUUAUCAUUGUAAUAGUGAAAAUUAUGGCUUCCUUGUAGCAAUUAAAAGCUUAAAUGAUUCUGCAAAUAUUACUGAGGAUUUCUUAAAUGAGUGGAAAUUAUAUUUGAAGUGCCAACAUAAAGUAGGAUCAGAAGGUUCUUAUAUUAUCCCAGUACUUGGAAUAACUCAGCAUCCAGAUACAUUAAAUUAUAUGGCUAUAAUUUAUCUACUACCAGGAAAUUUAAGAAAUAAUUUACCAGGAAUAAAAUAUAACCCAAAUGAUAAAUUUAGAAUUUUAUUCGCUAUUUCAAUAGUGCUUGAAGCAAUUCAUGACUCAGAUCUUGUUCAUGGGGAUUUUCAUAGUGGAAAUAUAUUGUAUGCGGGGAAAGGAAUUGCAUAUACUAGUGACCUUGGAUUAUGUGGACCAGUUAAUCGAUCUAAUACGAAAGAUGAGAUAUAUGGAGUUCUUCCUUAUAUGGCGCCGGAAGUUUUACGUGGUAACCCAUAUACAAAAGCUGCUGAUAUAUAUAGUUUGGGCAUUAUAAUGUGGGAAUUGGCAUCAGGAACUCCAGCAUUUUAUAAUGUUUCUUAUGAUUUUCAACUUCAUUUAGAUAUUUGUGAAGGCAUAAGACCAAAAAUCGCAGAAGGAACUGUGCUAGAAUAUGUUGAAUUUAUGAAAAGAUGUUGGGAUAAUGAUCCUAAAAAAAGACAAACUGCUAGUGAAUGUAAAUUUAAAUUUGCGAUAUGGCUUUUUAAAUAUCCACCUGAAAAUGACGAUGAAAAAAGAGUACCUAUACCUGAAAAUGAACCGAAAAUUACAUAUCAUCCAAAUUCUUGUUAUGCCAGUAGAAAAAUUACUUAUUCGGCUAAAUUAAAUGAACAUUUAGCACAAGAUUUAUUGAGUUACAAAAUUAUAAUUGAUGAUGAUGAGAUAAAUGAAAACUUCGAUGAUUGUAAGAUUUAAUAAAUAUAUAAGGAUUUAUGGUAACCGUUUUAUAUAUCAAGGA